AUGGUCACUUCCUUCUCUACUUGGCAUCAAAAAUCCCAUCUCUCUCCCUCUAAAACCUCUGCUCUAAACCUCUGUUUUUGCUUCUUGUGUUCUUGUUUCGCAUAUGGAAACCGCAAUGGGAAUGCUAGACUCAUGCAAACCCUGCAACAGCGACGUGGGCAGCCCUCCCCAGAAUGGCACAACCUCAAUCCAAAGCUCUCACCCUACUCCUCCUGCCAUUGCAUCAUCCCCCGACGCCACGCUCGGCCGCCACCUCGCCCACCGGCUUGUCCAGAUCGGCGUCAGCGAUGUGUUCUCCGUGCCGGGUGACUUCAACCUUACUCUUCUCGACCACCUCAUUGCUGAGCCUGGUCUCAACAACAUCGGGUGCUGCAAUGAACUCAACGCUGGCUAUGCUGCUGAUGGCUACGCCAGGGCUCGUGGGGUUGGCGCAUGCGUUGUCACCUUCACUGUGGGCGGCCUCAGCGUUCUCAACGCCAUUGCUGGGGCUUACAGUGAGAACCUUCCCGUUAUCUGUAUUGUUGGAGGGCCAAAUACGAACGAUUUUGGCACAAACCGAAUUCUUCACCAUACCAUUGGAUUACCGGAUUUCAGCCAAGAACUUCAAUGCUUCAAGCCUGUUACUUGCUUUCAGGCUGUAGUGAAUAACUUGGACGAGGCGCACGAACUGAUUGAUACAGCCAUAUCAACUGCUUUGAAAGAAAGCAAGCCUGUCUAUAUCAGUAUCAGUUGCAAUUUGCCUGCCAUCCCUCAUCCAACUUUCAGCAGGGAGCCCAUUCCAUUUUCUCUGACACCCAGAUUGAUGAGCAACAAGAUGGGGCUAGAAGCCGCCGUAGAGGCAACAGCAGCCUUUUUGAACAAGGCGGUGAAGCCCGUGAUGGUGGGCGGGCCAAAACUCCGAGUUGCAAAGGCUUGUGACGCCUUUGUUGAACUGGCUGAUGCUUGUGGCUAUGCCCUUUCUGUCAUGCCAUCAGCAAAAGGGUUGCUGCCGGAGAACCACCCCCACUUCAUUGGGACAUAUUGGGGCGCAGUGAGCACUGGCUUCUGUGCUGAGAUUGUUGAAUCUGCUGACGCAUACCUUUUUGCCGGGCCAAUCUUUAACGACUACAGCUCUGUCGGCUACUCCCUCCUCCUCAAGAAGGAGAAGGCAAUCAUUGUACAGCCUGAUCGCGUGAUAGUCGCCAAUGGCCCUGCUUUCGGGUGUAUCCUAAUGAAGGACUUCCUUCAGGCACUCGCGAAAAGGCUCAGCCGCAACACGACUGCUUAUGAAAAUUACCACCGCAUCUACAUCCCCGACGGGCUUCCUCUUAAAUGUGAGCCUAACGAGCCAUUGAGGGUCAAUGUUCUCUUUAAGCAUAUACAGAACAUGCUCUCAAGCGACACUGCCGUGAUUGCUGAGACAGGAGAUUCCUGGUUUAACUGCCAGAAACUGAAGUUGCCUCAAGGAUGUGGAUAUGAAUUCCAGAUGCAAUAUGGCUCGAUCGGGUGGUCUGUUGGUGCAACCCUCGGCUAUGCUCAGUCGGUACCAAAUAAGCGUGUCAUCGCUUGCAUUGGUGAUGGGAGCUUCCAGAUGACUGCACAAGAUGUCUCAACGAUGUUACGUUGUGGGCAAAAGAGCAUCAUCUUCCUCAUAAACAAUGGUGGAUACACCAUUGAAGUUGAGAUCCAUGAUGGCCCGUACAACGUGAUCAAGAACUGGAACUACACUGGGUUAGUGGAUUCAAUCCACAAUGGGCAAGGAAAGUGCUGGACAACAAAGGUUCAUUGCGAAGAGGAGCUAAUUGAGGCAAUUGAAACAGCUACAGGGGAGAAGAAAGACUGCUUCUGCUUCAUAGAAGUGAUUGUACACAAGGAUGAUACCAGCAAAGAGUUGCUUGAAUGGGGGUCUAGGGUCUCUUCAGCCAAUAGCCGCCCACCAAAUCCUCAAUGAGAGAGCUCUUCCAGCUUAAUUGUCUUAAGUAUGAACUUAGAAUAAGAGCAUGUCAGAUAUCUUAGCGUUUUGCCUUAAAUGACUUUCUUAAUAUGAGUUGAGUUCUCAUUUUAUUGUUGGUUAAGGAUUUUUUAUGAAACAUUCCAGCUGAAUGCAUGAGAUACUUUGCUGUUCAUUCUA